CCCAGACCUCGUGGCAAGUUUUUCUGUGGGGGAAGUAGUCUUACGGAGUACCAGACCUGUGGUGUCCCGGCUUCUGACUUAUUACUUUUAAGGCGCCGUCUCCCAUCUGCUGUUUUCCUGAGACCUUUCUUCUUCUUGAGCCAUUCCAGUCCUCGUCGCAACCCAGAGGGUCUCCUGGUAGAAAACAACCAUGUCGAACCACGACACGAUCGAGUCAAGGACCGACUGCAAGUCGCCGUCCCAGGUGCCAGACCAUGACCCCAAGGAUGUCGUGGCCACCACCAGUCGUAGCCUCGACGAAGGAGAGGUAGAGACUGGCGUGGUACAACGGAUUGAUGAGAAAUACUACAGCAAAGUCUCGGUGUGGCUAAUGAUGCUUUUCUCCGGCCUUGCAAUUGGCUCAGAUGGAUACAAUGCUUCCGUCAUUGGAAACGUCGAACUCCUCUUUGCCAUUCUCUAUCCAGAAGCGCUGACAUCGGAAAUGAAAUCGCGGCUCUCGAACGCAUUUCUGAUCGGCAUGAUUAUCGGCAUGCUUGGUUUUGGCUUUGUUGCCGACCAACUAGGACGCAAGACGGGUGCGGUCGCAACCACAAUUCUCCUUGUCUUCGGGAUCGCUCUGAGUACCGCGGCCAACGGCGCGAACAACACAGGCCUCAUGUGGAUGCUUGUGAUCGCCCGUGGUGUCGCCGGUGUCGGUGCAGGAGGUGAGUAUCCUGUCUCUUGUGCCGGUGCUCUUGAAGCCUCCGAUGAGGGAGCCCAAUACCGCAAGCAGCGGGGCUUCAUGUUUGCCCUGGUGGGUGAUCUGUCCGCCUCGCUGGGUUACUGCUGGGGUGCAUUGGUCCCUCUUCUGCUGCUCCUCUGCGUCAACCAGAAAGAGUCUCACUACGAAUUGGUCUGGAGACUGUCUUUCGCUCUUGGCAUGAUUCCGCCUCUCUCGAUCUUCUAUUUUCGAAUGCGAAUUGCGGUGUCGACGGCCUACCGUAAAUCAAGUCUGCGCAAGCAGAAGGUUCCUUACCUCUUGAUCGUCCGCCGGUACUGGCGGCGUCUCUUUGGCGCUGGCGCCACCUGGUUUCUGUACAAUUGGAUCAGUAUUCCUUUUGGCAUCUUCAGCUCGACAAUUGUGUCCAGAGUUAACCCAUCCGAUUCAAUGGUCAAGACUCUAGGCUGGGGUGUUGUCAUCAAUGCUUUUUAUAUCCCCGGAGCCUUCAUCGGAGGGCUCCUCUCGGACAGAAUCGGCCGGAGAAAAACCAUGGCUUUGGGUUUCACUCUCCAAGGUAUCCUCGGUUUCGUUCUAGGUGGUGCAAACAAACAAAUCUUGAGCGUGUUCCCCUUGUUCGUGGUGAUCUAUGGUCUUUUCUUGACACUCGGUGAAGUCGGACCCGGAGCCACCGUCGCCAUCUCGGCUUCCGAGCCAUUCCCUACCUCGAUCAGAGGGCACACCACUGGCUUCAUUGCUGCUUGGUCCAAAGCAGGUGCCGCCAUCGGCACCCAGGUCUUCACCAGUAUCCUGAAUGCGUACACUGAUAACCCGGACAAGGGAAGCCAGGUUGCCUUCUUGAUCGGAUCCUGUUUCGCCAUCCUGGGAGCCAUCAUUGCAUUCUUCUUCCUGCAGGAUGUUGACAAGCAUUUGGACAAUGAGGAUGACAACUGGAAGGCCUACCUUGCUGAACACGGAUGGCAAGGUUCUUGGGGUGACAACGAGACGGCAGAUCCUAAAGGGGUGUUCAAACACGGACUCGUUCACACUUCUUGAGGCACGUCGGGUAGAAUUUGCUGGGCAUCUCCAGUGUUCUUUCGUUAUAUCUUCCAUCCGGAAUGUGCGCAUUGGAAUUUGAUAGCCGUGCCAAGAAACUUUAUAAAUCCCAUUUCGUGCCGCA